AAUCGCGAAAAUCCAGAAUUUUUCCCAGUUAUCCAUGAAACGUGUAAAUUCGCCAAUUCAUUGUAUUCCCCUCCUCCAAAUUAUUUGUUGACAAUGUUAAGUAUUAAAACUCAAGUUCGCCACAAUUUAUGUUAGUUUUUAUAUCUAAACCAGUUUGUAAUAACAAAAAUCAAAAAGAAAUAGUUUUUUCUUCAGGUACAAUUAUUUAAUAACAGCAUUAAUAAUAAAAUAUGAAAAACGUUGGAUUAAGCCCUUGUGAUCCUAGUUCAUUUUCCAGACCAGACCAAGUUAUUGUUACGGACAUAUUUUUAAACUUGAAUAUUCAGUUCAACUCAAAGACUUUGAAUGGCCACACCAUUUUAUCAGUUGAAAAAAUUCAAGAAAAAUAUAACGAAUUGACCCUCGAUGCAUUCAAACUUAAAAUAUCCUCAAUAUAUGAGGUGGAUACCAAGGAAAAAUUGGAGUAUCAAUUAUCGGAUCACCUGGAGGAUUUUGGAUCCAAAUUAAUUGUACAGCUACCUAAGACGGAAGCUAACAGCUUUAAAAUUUGUAUUGAAUAUGAGACUUCUCCAGAGGCUAGUGGUCUUCAGUGGUUAUCUCCACAAGCAACUUCAGGCAAGAAACAUCCAUUUUUAUUUAGUCAGUUCCAACCCACACAUGCAAGAUCGGUUUUACCCUGUCAAGAUACUCCAUCCGUUAAACAGACUUACAAAGCUACAAUAUUGGCUCCAAAAGACAUGACUGUGCUAAUGUCUGCAAUUAAAGAAGAUUCGACUCUUGUAGAAGAUAACAAACAAUCAAAUUUCAAUCAAACGGUUCCAGUGCCUUCAUAUCUUAUAGCUCUGGCAGUAGGAUCAUUAGAAUCCAGAAAAUUAGGACCACGCUCUCACGUUUGGGCUGAAAAGGAGAUUAUUGAAGAUUGUGCUUAUGAGUUUGCUUUAACUGAGCACCAGUUAAAGACUGCUGAGGAAAUAUGCGGACCCUACGUUUGGGGAGUUUAUGAUUUGUUGGUGUUGCCUCCCAGCUUUCCCUAUGGAGGAAUGGAAAAUCCAUGUUUGACUUUUGUUACACCAACUUUAUUGGCUGGUGAUAGAUCGUUAGCAAAUGUUAUAGCACAUGAAAUAGCGCACAGUUGGACUGGAAAUUUAGUAACAAAUAAAACGUUUGAACAUUUUUGGUUAAAUGAAGGAUUCACAAUGUUUGUUGAAAGAAAGAUUAUUGGAAAAUUAACAUCUACCCAAAUGCAAGAUUUUGAUGCAUAUGCGGGGAUUAGUGAUCUAGAAGAGGCUAUUUCAGUGCUAGGAGCUGAUAAUCCUUUAACAAAUUUGGUUGUCGAUUUAAGAGGAAUACAUCCAGAUGAGGCAUUUUCGACGGUUCCGUAUGAAAAAGGACAGACUUUUCUUAGAUAUUUGGAAAGUUCUGUUGGUGGGCCAGAAAAGUUUGAACCAUUUUUAAGAGCCUAUUUCGAAACAUUCAAAUACAAAUCGAUAGAAACAUCAGAUUUCCAGCAGUUCUUCGAAAGCUACUUUUCGACAGAGGAAUCUAUAAAAAACAUUCCAUGGCAAAAAUGGUUACAUACUCCUGGAAUGCCUCUGUUGAUUCCGGAUUAUGAUAAAUCUUUGGCGGUUGCUUGUGAUGCGCUUUUAGAAAAGUUUUGUAAAUGGACUGGCGACGAAAUAUGUCCCAUUACUGCAGAAGUUACUGAGAAAUUAAUGCCAGAACAACGCAUAUAUUUUUUACAAAAAUUGUGCCAAUCUGAAAAACAACCAAUACACAAAUUAAAAAUUCUUGGCGAUUUAUUCGAUAUUCAGAAAAUUAAAAACGCCGAAAUUAAAUUUCAUUGGUUGAAGAUUUGCUUGAAAGCCAGAUGGGAAGAAAAAAUACAAGAAGUUUUAGAUUGGAUUAAUGUUGUAGGAAGGAUGAAAUUCGUCAGACCGUUAUACAGGGAAUUGUAUCAAUGGGAAGUUAGCAAAAAUAGAGCUAUAGAAAAUUUUAAAGCUAAUAAGCACCAGAUGAUGCAUAUUUGUACAAUAUCAAUCGCAAAGGAUUUAAAACUUGAUUAAUAAGUUUUUAUAAAAAAGUAUUUAUAUUAUAUGUUACAGUAUU